AAGUGGUGGUCGGGUCGGUCUAUCGGUUGGCACAUUCGCUGUGCCGCCAGUUAUGGCAGCAGCAGCAGACAGGCAGACCUCAACCAGUUUUAGUUUCAAUUUCAAUACAACAAUUUUACAACAAUUUGUUACAACUGAGCGGCAGCAGACCGAGAGCUGCUGCUGCUGCUGAGAGCUCUACUCUACACUCAACACUCGACAAACGGUGUGCCCCGCUCUUUGGCUGCUGCUGCCUGGGUUUUCGGCGCAAACUUAACUUGGCUUUGGCGCAUGCGUGGAUGAUUAGUGAAGUGCGAUCCAUCGCGGCAAACAGACGUUGCAGACCGAACAGAAACCGAACUUUCGUUAAGACAUAAUAUCCCCGAUAGAGUUCACAUAGAAAUGAGGCAUAUCCGCAAGGCAAGCGGCACCGGAACUGAUGUCUCUCCUGCCGAUCGCCAUUCUCGCGCUCAAUGUGUGCCCUACGUCGUUCGCCUGGAAGCCAAUUGCAGUCUCCUCGGGCUCCGCCACCAGCGGUGGCAGCAGCAGCACAGCCUCCUACAGCCUCAAGCAAUCGCAUCCGGGCUCCGCCAGCAGCAGUCACGAGCUGGCCACAAGCUUUGCCCAGUUCGGUGCUGGCAAGGACUCGGCGGAAGGCGACAUCGGUGGCGGCGAGGACGAACUGCUGCUGGCCCGCGCUGCCAUUGUGAAUGGUGUGGAUCUGGAUCAUCCAGCGUCGGUGGCCCAUCCCAUAUCGUUCGGCGAUCAUGUGGAGGAUCAGUACGAGUCCUACAGCAUCGAGGAUGAGACCCACAAGGAGCCGCAGCUGACCUUCACGCGGACACCGCUCUACGGCUCCGAUCGCUGUAGUGUGAAAAAGUUUGCCUUCAAUCAGGACGGAGAGGUCGAGUACGGGAAUCCGCUGCUGCCCGAGCUGGAUCAGUUUACGCUCUGCUUCUGGAUGCGUUUCACCAAUCACAGUGGAGAUCAUGUCCUUCUAACCUACGAGGCUGGCAAGGAAUCGCGAGAGAUACAAAUCUGGGUCGCGAAUGCGCAAAAUUCCAGUUUCCUUUCGAUGGCUAUAAAAGGUCAGCAAAUGUACAGACUCAACUAUCCGCUGCGAAUGCGCCAGUGGCACCACAUGUGCACCUCAUGGAAUGGCAAGACGGGCGAAUGGCAGGCCUGGCUCAAGGCAGAACGCAUUGGGCGUGGCUUCCAUAACUCGCUUGUGGGCCAUAAAAUUCCAGCAAAUGGAAAGCUACGCUCUGGCGGCACCUCGAUCACCGGCGAUGUUAGCCACGGCCUGCACUUUGAGAUGACAAUGGUCCAGGUGUAUCGCGUGGCCCUCAGUGCCGGCAAGGCCCAUCGCGAUCACAAGCAUCAUCACGUGCAUCAUUUUGAUCAUGAAGGACAGGAGGUAUCCAGCACAGUGCGUCCCCCACCCAUAAUAAAUCGACCACAGCCAAUGCACACGCUGCUGGCCAGUGGCCAGAUACCCACGCGUUUGCGCAUCAAUCUGGCCAAUCCACCCAGCGACGGAGCUGCAGCGCCAGCUGCUGGUCGAUGCAGCACUGCAGCAGCAAAGCAGCAGCAGCAGCAGGGCAUCACAUUCAAUACAAACUUCGUGAACGGACAAAUCAAUGCGGGCUCUCGCCUGGUGGCACAGCAGCUUCUGGGGCUUCCGGCAAAGAACGGCAUUCCGCAGCAGUCCACUGGCAGCCGCUUCCAAAUGCUAAGCAAUUCGGCGAAUGUUCAGUUCAUCGACGAGACGGAGACCCAUAUACAGUUCAAGCGAGCAGCAGGAGCAGCAGCACCCGGAGCAGCAGCAGACGAGAAGAAACUGAAGAAGCGCGGACUGGUACUGCUGGACGAUGGAUCUGUGGUUGACGAUGGCAGGGAUACCGAUGCCAGCGAGAUCUACAACGGCCUCGCCGACUACGGUGGCCAGCAAUUUAAGCAGGAUCUCACCCAAAAGAUGAACCUCGAGGAAGAGAUCAGCACGCACGACCGGGAGCCCGCCGAGGAGGAGGUGAAGGCCGUCAUGGCCAUAUGCAGCAGCUGUCAUGCCGAGCCCUUCCAGGGUGCCAUCGUCUUUGCGUGGAAGGAGGUGCAGGAGCACAUGAACAAUGCACUCAAGGGCCUCAGCGUGGGCACCUGCGGCAACUUCUAGUUCUGGCCCGGCAGGGCAGUCUUUAGCUUAGUCCAUGUCCAUGUACCAUAGACCCCCGAUAGUCCCUUAUUAUUUUUUUUUUUUGUAUAUAUGUAUGUACGAGUGCGUUUCAAUUCGGUGUGUGUGAUUCCGAUUUUGCUUGUUCUGGCAUGUCCAUGUGGGAGUCAACGCUUUAGAGUGGAGGCAUCGGAGGCUCGGCUCCCCAACGAUCUUUGACUCGCCCAUGGACAUGACCCAUGGCCCAU